CGCUACAAGUAUGGCUACCUUUUUGGAUAUCAUCUGUCCUACAGUUAACAGCGGAGGGACAUGCGUAUUUCCUGGCUGCAUUUUCAGACACGAUAGUAGGGCUGCCACGGCGGAGGACCUCGCGAACUAUAAGAGACGGAAGGUCGAGGGCCUUGAAAGCAGAGAUGCUCAGCCCCAAGCUCCUUUUGAAUCCGUCAGGAUCGCCAAAGACGUUCUGUACCAGACCCUUCCACUCGAAAUUCCCAUUUUCCAGGACGAAACGUUCGAAUUCCAUCGAAGGAAGAUGAUUCGCAAGAUGUCCAAUCUUUUCCAGCAAAGGCAGUUUGAUUACGACCCCAUUCAAAUAGAGGCAGAUUUGGCAUUGAAGGUUUUCUACAACUCGUACAACCAUUGCAUGAACAAAUACCUUGAUACGUUGGUUAAAGGAGGGAACAAACGGUACGUGUAUGAUUUGGAUAUGGAAUAUUCCAGGGUCCAGCGUCAGUUGAAAGCUGAGAUAGCGACCGAGAGGAACUAUUACCAGAGCACCCAGGUAGAUGCUGCGGGGAAAGACCCGGGAUCUAGCACUGAAGUGGAGGAAAAAUCUGGGGUUCUGGCUUUGGAGGAACACGCGAUCGGAAAGGAGACUGAGGAGGCUAUCCCGAAGGAGAUUGAAGAGGAUGCUUCGAGAGGGAUUGAGGAGGAUGCUUUGAGAGGGAUUGAGGAGGCUACUCCGGAGAAGACUGAGGAGGCUACUCCGGAGAAGACUGAGGAGUAUACUACAAAAAAAACCGUGGAUGCUCUCCCAAUAGAAACCCAUCCAACUCUAACCGAACCUAUUUCUCUGCCGAAGAUUUCACUGCCAGUGAAGGACAUUCCAUUGGCACCAAUACCUGUUCACCCCAACGCCCCGGCGGUGACAUCCCAGAGAGUACUCUUUAUCCUGGAGAUUUUAAAAGUGGUACGAGCGCAGUACCCGAGAUACCGAACGCCGACUAGGUUGGCCUGCCAGAAGGAGUAUGCCAUCGCAUCCACCACCUCCAACAUCACCUACAGCAACACCAUCAAAAAGUACAUUUUCCGCUUGAAAAAAGGCCAAGAAUCUUUAAUGGAUAGCAAGCCAAAGGCCCAAGAACCCCCUUCAGGCAUGGUUGAGCGGUUGCAGAAGGUGGUUAUUCCCGUUCCGACACUCCAACUGUACGGCUUCGUCACCGAAAUUCCCGAGCCCCUCGCGGCUGAUAAAUCGCUUAGUUUCAAACACUGUGUGCGGUGCAACUCCAAAUUCAACGUUCAAAACCAGUUGGUGCCCACCACCUGCCAGUUCCACCCCAAGAAACUGCAUAGCCAGAAGGUGGAGCGGAUGGCCGCGGACAACUUGGCCAAGACCUACGAAUGCUGUGGCAACGGCCUCGACUCUAUCGGAUGUGUCGCAGCUCAGAACCAUGUGUACAAGCCCGAAGACCCGAGGGAAUUGCACCACCUCAUUCCGUUCAUCCGGGUGGACAGUUUUCCUGCAGCCAGGGCUAAGACGAGUAGCUUCAAGGCUUUGGGUGUGGACUGUGAAAUGGGGUACACCUCAUGGGGGUUUGAGGCGAUCAGAGUCACGUUUGUGGAUUAUCUUACUGGGAAGACGGUGUACGAUACGCUUGUAAAGCCCCAGGGGGAGGUCAUUGAUCUCAACUCCCAGUUUUCCGGUGUCUCACACAUCCCACCGGGAACGGACUCCUUUGAGGAGGUUUUCAGGAACAAGAUGUUCGAAUACAUGGACCAAAAUACGAUCUUGAUCGGCCAUGGGUUGGAGAACGAUGUAAACGUGAUGCGAAUCAUCCACGACAAGAUUGUGGACACUUCGGUGUUGUACCCCAGGAACCUUACCGCCAGACGGUCCCGCCGCUCGUUGAAGCAAUUGGCGUUCCAGUAUUUGAGCAGAGUGAUCCAGACGGGGGAGCAUGACAGUAGCGAAGAUGCCUUAGCGGCGAUAGACAUUGUUAAGUUCCACCUAGAAAAGAAAUAGAUCGAUGGCGGGAAAUAUUGUCUGUAUACCGGUCUAGAGUAUUGCAUAAGCUACAGAGAAGAUUUAUAACACCUAGUAGGCGAUACGAUCCCGAAAGAAAUAAAAUCGCCUGUAACAUUCAAAUUUUAUAGAGGCUUUGCUGGGUACUAAGUACGAGAUAAGUCGUUACUCACCCCCAAACGUUAAUACGCACGUUCU